CCUUCUGUCGCUCAAAUCUGUGCACUCGAUACCGGGAACCCCACAUCAUCGAUUCCUCAAAGCCUAGACAAAAAUAGUAUUUCGACAACACCAAAUUCGUUACCAGAAACACAGAAUAAUUCGCCUAUUCGUAAUGCUACUACAUCUACUGGUGCAUCUACUGUUUCACCUACUGCUUCAUCUAAU